ACUUAAGGUGAGAUAUUUGCAUGGUUAUAUUUCAUGUUUUACAUUAUUUUUAAUAUUUUACAUACAUUUACAAACAUCAAGCGUUUGAUCUGUGCAUGAAGUAUGUCACUUAGUAGUGUAUAAAGCAUUUAAAAUGAGCUCGACCUAAAAUUAAUCUUGUGCUUACACUUUAAAUGCCUGAACAAAUAAUGUGCCAAUAAAUAUAUUUAUACAACACUGACAUGGGGCCAGUCUGCAAAGUGCACUUUUAGCUUGGAUACUUUUACAUUUGUACUUUGUGACAUUUUCAAUGAGGGUCUCUUUGCAGUGAAGUAUUUCCACUUUUGUCCAUUAGGUCCAAAUGUAACAAACGCUGUUUAUUGACCUGAAUUUGGACAACAGCAAACCUAUUCUUUAGCCGCUCCAAGUGCAAAGGUCGCAUCUCCGUUUGCUGUCAGUUAUGUGUUGUAAUGAUGGAUGAGCUGUGUCGCCGAGUUGUCAACAUCAUUGGCGUCUGUGCUCAGCUGUCUGCUUGCAGGAGGUGAGUUAGCAGAUGGGCAGGACUGUGUCGUAACCAUUCCCAGUGAGGGCCAGCGGUGGGAGUGGAGCGCUGCUCAGUGCGGACCGGACCGCCGCAGGAAAGACGCUCCCAGUCGCCCAAGUUAGCUGGCUAACUUGCCGCUAGCUAAUCUGAAGCUUAAAAUGUCGACUUUCCGCGCUUUGCAAACUGAACGGGACGGUUGCAGAGUCGAGGGAUUGUGCCAUGAAAUUGCAGCGCCGUGUUGUUGAUGUUUCCGAGCCUUGAGUUAUGCUCUCACGAAAGAAAAGUAAAAACGAAGCGUCGAAACCAGCCGAGGUACACGGGAAAUAUGUGAAGAAGGAAACGUCGCCGCUCCUGAGAAAUCUUAUGCCCUCAUUCAUCCGCCAUGGACCCACUCUUCCCAGACGCACAGAGGUCCCUCUGCCAGAGAUGGGGCCCUCUGCUUACCCUGUGGCACCCAGCCGGGAGCCCGUGGUGUCCCGCAACAAGAGUUUCCUCCGGGCCCCUGUGCAGAGGCCCCCUCAUGAGGUGGCCCGCAGAGAGAGCCACCGCAUGUCAGCACCCCCAUACCUGCCUCGCAGUCUGGGGGAUCUGCCCCACGAAUAUGGAGGCUCCUCACAGUCCUUCCUCACAGACGUGAGCCCCAUGUCUGAGAAUGGAGAUGCUGCCCGGUAUUAUUACUCCUCUGAACCUUACUAUGACAGCCAGCAGCACCAACAGUCGCACCAACAACAGCAGCAGCAGCAGCAGCGCCAGCCCAGGAGGGUCCCGGACCGCUUUCCUGAGGACUAUAGAUACUAUGAGCACAAUGAACACAACUUCCAAAGACUUCCCCGACAGCACACGCCCCCAGCUCCAAGCAGACCCCCUUCAGGCAUAGGUCGAAUACAGGCCAAGUCCCUGGGGAACCUCUCCAGUCUAACGGGAGAGGACCUCCCACUUCCGGCCGGCUGGACCGUUGACUGGACCAUCCGUGGCAGGAAGUACUACAUCGACCACAACACUAACACUACACACUGGAGCCACCCUCUGGAGAGGGAAGGGCUCCCUCCAGGCUGGGAGAAGGUGGAGUCAGCUGAGUUCGGGGUCUACUACGUGGAUCACAUCAACAAGAGGGCACAGUAUCGCCACCCCUGUGCUCCGAGUGUGCCUCGCUAUGACCAGCCCCCACCACUACCACCUCCUGUGACCUAUCAGCCACGCCCCGCAGAGAGGAACCAGCCGGUGCUGGUGCCAGCUAACCCGUACCACACGGCUGAGAUCCCAGACUGGUUGCAGGUGUACGCCCGUGCACCACUAAAGUAUGACCACAUCUUGAAAUGGGAGUUGUUCCAGCUGGCAGACUUGGACACGUAUCAGGGCAUGCUGAAGCUGCUCUUCAUGAAGGAGCUGGAGCACAUUGUCAAAUCCUACGAGGCGUACCGACAGGCGCUGCUGUCCGAGGUGGAGGCUCGCAAACAGCGGCAGCAGUGGUACGCCCAGCAGCCCAACAAGAACUUCAUGGGGAACAUGUGACGUGUGUGUGCAGCGGGGACGCCGCGCGGCCACACCUCUCUGAGGUUUCCACAGUUUGGGAGCGGUCAGGGUUUUCCUUUGAAAUCAUGAUUGACUCUUAAUUGCCUCUUUACCAAACACAUCUGUGCCUUCGCUUGAUCCAAAUAUAUCAGCCAGGAAGUUAAGACACACAUUGGCGGGGGGCCCUCUUCCCCCCCAUGUCACACUUCAAUUCACUCAUUUUAUGAAUGACCAUGUGACUGAAAAACACUCCAAUGAAGAAACAAAAAAACCUAUAAUGUGCUACAUCUGGGGAGACUGCUCGUGGUGCCAUUUCCAGCCACUGCCCUGAGAACUGAGUUGCUGUAUGGAUUUUAGUUUUUAAGACUGAGGAGAACAGAGUCUGAAAAACUCUGGAUAUUUGUUCCAAACCAUCCUGAGAUUGUGCCUUUUUAAAUAAAUAAAACGCAGCAUUUUUACAAUGUCUGCCCAUAUCGUGUAUACACCAGCUACUCCGUCAUUUUUUCCUGUGGGAGAAAACGACAGGCAGCUUCUUCUAAUUUGUUCCCAUAUGAAAUACUUCAUGACUGUUUUUCCUUUGCUUUGUUAUCCUCAUGAACUGAAACCACACUCUUUUACAUUAAACAUAAAGUGUGCAUUUUCUUUUUUUUUUUUAAUGACAUACUGUAUGCUUUAUGAGACAAUCCACCAAAACUUUAACCGAUAUUUAAGUUUUGAUAUGAAACACGUCUUUAUUUAAAGACCUUUUGAUGGAUGAAGCAUCACAUUUGAUGCAGUGGUUUGAGCAUCUCUCGGCUCUUUGGCAUUACUGUAAGUCAGGAAUAUUCUUGUGUUUGUGUGUAUAAUGAAACAUAAAUAAGCUACUGGAACGUUUUAAAACACUUCAGAAGACACAUUAAGUUUGCCAAACAAGUGCAAUUCAGUUUCUUCUUGUUUCAUUCUUUCUGGAUAUUUCUUGGCUUGGUGAUGCCUUAUUUUUAUGGACUGACACAUCUCUUUUGUGAUUACAUGGAAGUACAGGUUCUUGGAAGCCUAUUCUAUUUAUUAGCAAUAAAUAAAACCUUUUUAAGAUACUCGGAAAUGUCUUAAAGUCCAGGGUUUUGUCUAGUAGAGACUGGUGCUAGUGUUCUAUAACUAUGUGUUAAUAAUGUUAGGAAAGAUAAAUAAUUUAUGACACCGUAACAUAAAAAAAAAAUGGUGUCAGGAGCCAUUUUAAAUAUGAAAAAUAUGGGUGGAAAAUAUGAGACUGAAUGCAAAUCAAUACACUUCUGAAUAUCCUAAAAGGGUGUGUGUUUAAGUAACAGUAGAAUAGGUUUGUAAAGAACUUGUGCUUCUCCUCAAGGAGUCCUUCGCUAUGCAGGAAGGUCUCCGUCACAUCUUUUCAGAGCGGUGUCAUCAGUUUGUACAUAUCUCGUGUUGUGGAUUGCAAAUACAGGACAUAAGCAAUAAAGUCUGCAGUGAAGAAACAUA